ACUUUCAAAUCAAUCCCUCUACAUUACCGAAUAUUAAUAGAGAGUAGACUUAUUACUUCCAUAAGAAAAAUUUUGUUUUAUCAAUAGGUACAAUGUCUUCGAACACGUGUGAAAAUUGGAAAGAUCUUUCAUCAAAACAACGACUGACUUUCAUACAAAAUCCAGCUAAUCUAACUGAUUGUAAUUUUAUAGUUGGAAAAGCACCAGGCGAAAUACGGCACUUUCCAUGUCACAAGAAGGUGUUAUCACAAUUCUCGGAGAUCUUCAAGUCUAUGUUUGCUGGGCGAUAUAUGGAAUCAAAAGAGGCUUCUAAAAUUAUAUUGAAUGAUAUUCAACCAAAUGCAUUUCAACAUUUUGUCAAUUAUAUCUACUUUGACAUUUUACUUGAUAGCAUUUCUUUAGGCGAUCUUAUGGAGUUGGCAUAUUUGAGUGAAAAAUAUGAGUUUUCUGGUUUAUCUGAUAAGACUCAAGAUUUGCUUAAAACAAAAGGUAAAACGCCUGUAUCAAUUUUGGAAUUCGCGAGAAUUCUUGAAACUCCGCUCGUCAAAAAUUAUAAUGAAAUUAUUGAUGCUAUUAAAUUAAGACUUGAAAAGAAUGAAUUGAUGCGAUCUUCACAAAUAUACGAUAUGGCUUCACCAAAAUUUCUACUACUUAUGGAUAAGCUUCAUAAAGAUAUUCCUACUUUGGAUCACUUCUCUAUGGUUGAGAAUUAUGUAGAAAAAAAUUUUAUGCCAAAGAAACGAAAUGCCUCCGAAAAACAAAUUUGUGGUAUAGAUUUUCUGAAUGGAUCAGAGAAAAUGAUUAUAGAGCGACUACUAUUAAUAAUUGAGCCAGAAAAUAUGACCCCAAAAAAAUUUUGCGAUGGGCCUUUAAAUUCGUCUUUUAUAAGUGCGCAAACAAAGUUAGAUAUUUUAACAAAAAUAGCACAUAAGUACGUUGCCAACAUUCCCGAAAUAACUCUCAGUAAAGAUCCAAAGUGUUCAUUACCAAAAAACAGAAAGCCGUCUAUGUAUGACUACAGUACUUCGCCAGAUGAUGUUCCAAUUUAAAUCAUUCCCAUAUGAUUUACAGCAAUGAAUGUGAAUAAAUCGAAAACAUAACACCGCAAAUCACUAAUUAAAAAUACAUCAGUAAUCGCCUAAUCAACAUUUUUUGAUAACUAUCGACAGUAUUCUAUUGUUCUGUGUGGGUAAAGUCGCUAUCAUAUUUCCAUCAGCCAACCUUACGGAGCGCCUUCCUCAUAUAGUAUUUUUUUCAAUCAACCAAAUUCUUAAAUUUUUGAUUAAAAAGAUACAAUGAAAAAUAUCAAUAAUA